UGAAGAUAGCCGCGUCUCACAACUGUGGAGCUACAGGUGGGCCGUUACACCUUUAUUCUUCUGAAAUGAGUACAGAGAAUGCAUCAUCUAAAAAUUGGGAGCUUACUUUAUAUGAACUACAUCGUAAACCACAAGAACCAAUUACUGAUGGUACAGUGAUUGCUGUUAGUCCAAGAAGUUUAAAAAGUGAAUUAAUGUGUCCAAUAUGCUUAGAUAUAUUAAAAGUCACUAUGACAACAAAAGAAUGCCUACAUCGUUUUUGUUCUGAAUGUAUAAUAACAGCACUGCGUAGUGGUAAUAAAGAAUGUCCAACAUGUCGUAAAAAGCUGGUCUCUAAAAGAUCAUUGAGAAGAGAUCCAAAUUUUGAUGCAUUAAUAGCAAAAAUCUAUCCAAGUCGUCAAGAGUAUGAAGCACAUCAGGAUAAAAUUUUGGCACGUUUAAAUCGGCAACAUUUAAGCGCUGCAUUAACACGUUCUCUUGAACAACAAUUAGGCAUAAAUGGUAAUUCGGCAGCUAAUACAACCAGCGGCAGUGGCGGUGGUCGAGGGAGAAGUACAAGUCACACUGGUGGACGUACACAGCACACAUCAGCAUCAUCAUCAGUUACUGGGAAUCCUUCAAAUGACAUGAAUCAUUCUACUGCCUCUGCUACUGUUACUGGUCAUAGUGGAACAAAUGAAGCAGGACAUACAGACGUUGCAGUUAGUGAGGAAGAGACGUCAUCAAAUUUUGUUAACAAUGAAAAUUGUUCAGGAAGGCGUAUCACCGCCACAUCUCUACAUAGUAAUAAUCAAAUCAUUAAUAAUUCUGAUACAGAAAGUGGAAUGGAUACAAAUUCAAUUGGUGAAAAUAGUUCCAUCUCUGACUUACCUGUGGUCCAUCAUCACAGGAAUCCUACAUCAGCUGCGUUGAGUACUGCUCCCACUUCUACUACUACUACUGCAACAAAUGGCCCUGCUGGUACUAUUGGUGGGAUCAGUAAUAAUACUACUUGUACUGGUAUUGAUCGUGAUCAUAUACAGAAUAAUACAUUACAUAAUCAUAAUAGUAAUAGUAAUAAUAAUAAUAAUUCUACAUCAUCACCAUCUGUGUAUCCUGAAAUAGAAAUUUUGCUGAAACCACAUCCACGUUAUUGUUCACAGUAUACAACAACAAUGAAUACUCCGGCUGGUGCAUCGACAUCAUGUAGUCCAUCCACGUCAGUGGGACAUCGUAAUCAUCAUAAUAGUAAUAAUAAUCAUAAUCAUAAUAAUAAUAAUGCAGGGAUCCAUAGUAACAAUAAUUAUAUUGAUCAAGGGAAUGGUUUAAUUAAAUAUUUGAAAGCACCAACAAUCACUACAGUGGAUCAUCUGUGUGGAUAUUUAACUGUACGUAUUAAUCUUCAAAGAAUCAAUAGAGAUGUAUCAGAUGAAACUGUUCGAUUUGUGUUAUACAGUUAUAAUGAAGCUACAAAUACCUAUCAAUUAUUAGAUUCCCACAUGUCUAUUGAAGAGAUUAGUCGGGAUCAAUUUCAUGGAAUGAAUUGUCUUGAUUUAUAUUAUGCGCGUGAUGAUUUAUUAGAUGAUAAUUAAAGGAAUUUGAUGCAGUGAAACAAAUGUACAAGGAAAAAGCACACACAAUGAACACGUUGAACAAUAAUACUAAUAUUACUUCUGCGUUAAACAAUAUACAUAUUACACUAAUUAUUAUCUGAAUUGUAUAUUAUUCAUUCAAGUUAUAUUGUUGUUGUUUUCUUUUUGUAUAGUGCUGAAAUCUGUUUUCUCUCAGUUUUGUUUUAUUUUUUAUAAUUUUUCUUUUUCUUUUGUCAAGUUUCAUUUAGUUUUCAUUUUGGUUUAUCAUGUGCUUUUAAGCGUGCGUGUGUUUGUUUGUAGUGCUGAUGCCAUAAAACUAUUCACACUUAAUUAUCAUCUUUGCCAUUUUGCAUAUUUAUUUGCGUGUGUGUGUGUGCGUGCGUGCGUACCUGUCUAUCCAUCGACCUGUCUGUCUGUUUAUCUGGGCAUCUGCCUGUCUAUCUAUUUAUAUAUAUACACAUGGCUUAGGCAUGUCCUGUCGUAUAUGUCAUUAUUCUUUCAGUUCAUGCUCUCAUAUUUUGUACAGACAUAUAAAUUAGUACAUUUGCCUUUCAAAUUUGAAUUUACAUCUCAUUAUUGUAUAAAGUUUAUUAUUAUUAUCAUUAUUAUGGUUAUUAUGCGC